AAUAUGCUGUUCUUAACUGAAGUAAAUUAUGAAUGCUAGGACGAUGGUCUUGUCGUCCGAGUGGAAUCUUAUACUGCUCUAAAUUUUUUGUUUGCACUCUCCUUUUACUGCUGCUCCUAAUCUAAGUUCAACCACCAUUCCGUGUAAAGAGUGAAAUAAAGUAGGCUCUCUUGGUUUAAUUGCCGUCGUGGCUAAAGUACAUGUAAUGUUACUGCAUUCGUCAUCAUGUCAUAUUCUUCGAACAGAGGUUCAUCAAUUUCAAACUUUCGUUGUUGGUUGUUGUUUGUCAACGGUGCCGGCAUGGAUGUCUCUGUUAUCAGUUCUUCAUUUUGUUUGUUUUUCUCAAAUCUCAGCCACCAUGAUUUACGCAUCAAAUAUGACAUAUCAAGAAGGAUGGGUUGUUGUGAACGAGAUGCCAACUCAUGUUGAAACAUGGGGCGGCUGGAUAGAGGAUCCUGCAAUAAAGGACUCCAAAGAACUAUUGAUCUGUGUGUCAGGAAAUCCUGGUGUGACGGAGUUUUAUAGCCACUUCUUGUCCCUAAUUCAUUCAACACUGAAAAUUCCUGUAUGGAUCAUUUCUCAUGCAGGUCAUGAAUUACCUCCCAAUGCUCUCCACUUGAAAUACCCCACGGUUCAAGACAAGCCACAAUUGUAUGAUUUGGACGGUCAAGUCACUCACAAAGUUCAAUUUAUUGAAAAGUAUGCACCAGAGAAAUGUGACCUGUAUUUCAUUGGGCACUCAGUGGGGGCCAAAAUCAUGUCUGACAUCAUGAAAAACUAUCCUCAUAUCAAUUCAAGGAUAAAAAAAUGUUACAUGCUUUUUCCAACUCUUGAGCACAUAGCCAAUGCUCCCAAUGCGAAGUUCUUUAUUCCAAUGUUCACUUACCUCAAUCGAUUCAUUUUGUUCUGGGCAUGGGUUUCAACAUUGCUCCCAGGAAGACUCAGGAAUAUGAUAAUAAAUGGCGUGAUGUAUUUGUCACAUCCAAGCGGAGUCACUGACUGUUGCCUCACUGCUACUGACAAACUAGUCGAUCCAGUUGUUGUUAAGAAUGUCUUUUUCCUCGCUAAUGACGAAAUGGGCAAAAUUAAGGACCUAGACACUGAGACUAUUGAAAAGAACCUGUCCAAGCUAAGGUUUUAUUUCGGCACAACUGAUGGAUGGUGUCCAGUAAGUUACUAUGAAAACUUAAGGAAGAAGUGUCCUCAAGCAGAUGCAAUCCUGUGUCCCUCCAAUAUUAAGCAUGCUUUUGUCAUAUCAUCUUCUCAUGACAUGGCAGAUCUGAUAUCAAAGUGGAUUAAAGAGGAUAAAUGAAUCCCUGAUAUUCACAAUUUACAAAGAACUUAAUUUUGCCUUGCAAACAUUGUGAUAGGUGCCUCAAAGAAGAAGUUGAUGAAUUACCAUGGCUGAAGUCAGAAGAUGCGUAUCCCCUUGCAUUGUUUAAACAACUCCAAUAACAUUUUACUUUUUUAAAAGAAAACUAUACUGUUUUUAAAAGAGAAAAAAAAUUGAUCGAAAUUUUCUAAAAAAAACUGUCAAUUAGUUUUCUUGUGAAGAAAUAAAACAUGAAUGGAGACAGACAAAGCUGCAAUCAGAGAUACGUAUUUUCAGACGUUAGCCAUGGCUUAGCUGCAAGUCAUCAAGCCUUAGUUUUAGUUUCACUGGUUGUUUCAAAUUUUAUUCUCUUUAAAAUGUGAUAUUUGUCAUAGAAACCUAAGAUAGCAGUAGUUAUUACAGUAGGAUUAAGUAAGGCUGUGAAGUCUUUGGUGAUAGAUAUUGCAACUGUUGAAUGAUACAGAGAGUUUCCAAAUGAAAGGAAAAUCCCCUACCACUAUAAAAAUGCAAACAGCAAAUUUUGCACAUUUUUCUCCGCUAAAUUUUAAUACCAUCAAGUUACCUGUUGUUUCAGAACAACUGCUCGGCAAUGCCCUACAAGCUAUCAUGAUAUCUCGAGACCCAAGCUUCUUCAUUCAGAUCAAUCCUGUGUCAGUCAGACCUUAACAUUAACAUUAACAUCUAUGAUCUAAUUUACAAUCAGUCUUAAAAUCGUCUUAUUUUUCAUUUGAUGAAACUUACAUUUAUUUCUAAUAGAUAAUCUCACUAAGCAAGAUUAUCGUCAAAGGCUAAGCUGCUCAAUCCACAAGGGAUGCAGAAAUCAUUUAGAGUGAGGAAUAACAAAAACCUUUAAAAAAAACUCUACUUUGGGCAGCAUGAUGGGGAAUAUUCAGUGUUCAGUCAAUCAGGUAGCUAAUGGUAGAGAAGUAGUUUAAAAAAAAUGUCUAUUUUCGAAAAAGAAGAAGAUAGCAUAUUCCUCCAUCCACUGCUGUUUCCAUUUUGUCAUACAUACUAUCUUUAACAGUUAAUUGACAUACAAGUACAUCAUUGAAGGCUCAAAUAUUCAAUUGCCGACUUAAAUAAUGAAUUCUCUGUCUCUGUACAACGUUAUAUUGUAUGCUGUACUCAUAAAGGAUAAUUUUAGCUUUGUGCAAUUUUAUUGUUAGUCAUACCUUUUAUUAAGUUUAUAUUUAUUUUGUUGUAGCUAUAGUAAGCAAGAUUUUUUAAAAUGUUAUAAUCAUUGCAAUCCUUUUUUAUGAAUUUGGUCAUUUAUUUUUAUAUUUUUGAAAUCAGUGGUGUUAAAGUAUAAUUAAUGUUCAUUGAAAAUUCAUUGUAUUAUGCCCAGAGCACUACAGAUUUAAAUACAUUCCUUUGAAGUACGUACUGAA